GUGUAUUAUAUUUAGAUGAAGUUAGGUUGCGCAACUAUGGAUUUUUAUCCCAAAUUUGGAUGUUUCAAGCUGUAUUUGUAAUUUUGAAAUGUGGCAGUUGCUUUGGCUCCACUGGUGAGGCAUCUAAUGUUGAUGUUGAUGAAUACCUAUGGCUGAUGGGGAGAGCGUGCUACAGGCCUAUCAUUGAAUAUUGUGGUGGCACGGAGAUUGGCGGUGGAUUUAUUACUGGUUCAUUUUUGCAGGCUCAAUCAUUGGCUGCUUUUAGCACACCAGCUAUGGGUUGCAGUUUGUUUAUUCUUGGCAGCGAUGGUUAUCCCAUUCCAGAGAAUGUACCCGGGAUUGGUGAAUUGGCACUUAGUCCCCUCAUGUUUGGUUCUUCUAAUAAACUGCUGAAUGCUGACCAUCAUGAUGUCUACUUUAAUGCUAUGUUUGGAAGAUUUGAGAGAGAGGAGAGUAGUGGAGAGGAGAGUAGAAAUGAAUGAUUAUCCUCUAUCUUGUUUGGAUGUUUUUAAAAUUAAG